AUGCCCUCAACGCUUUUCUGGCGCUACUCACCUCCUUUGCACCAAGGAGUGCUAUUUAUGCGUCUCCGCUCCAUGACGAGAAGUCUUGACCUUUCGGAGGACUCCUUACGCGAGUUACCAAAAAUAAAAACCAUUCCAGGUAUCUACGCCAUGACUGAAUCGUCCUACAAGCAACGGUUGAUAUGUGUACCCACUCGCAACGUAAUAGCAGCGUACAAAAAGGAGUGGCCGAGCAGCGAGCCCAUCUCAAAAGUCCUCUCCCAACCUCAUCGAGCGUACGCCAUAAAUUGUAUGGCCUGUUGCGCCCUGCCAAGGUACAAUCCUCAGAGCCGUCAAGUCGAAUACGGUGUAUCUUGUGCCGGCUGCCAAGUGUUUUUGGCGGACGUAGUCAGUCGUCUUCGCCAGAAAUGGGCAGGUGUCGCCCGGGACAUGGUCUACUCACAUCGCAUGUAUCUGUUUCAUGGUGUGAGCAAGCUCAAAUGCUAUGGGAUGAGGGUGCGAAGGGUACGAGGGAACCUAAAGUUGCCUUCGUUCUGCAAAGGGGUGGAUCAUUCGAACGAUGUAGUUCCUGUUGACGAGGUUGGGUGGCAAAUACCAGAUUCUAGUAUUUCUGAUGAGAUGCGCCCUCAACCCCAUCGCAUGAUGCAUCGUCGCCGCGAAAAUUGCUUCCGAAAGCACGAAACCACGGGACGAAUAUUCCAUUGGCAUUACUUCUCGAAUAACGCUCCCGAUUGCAACCCGCAUUUUCGGUUCCUUCUUCUGGGUCCCAUUAAUCCACGUUCUCUUUAUCACCAGCGGGCCUAGGCGGAUAAGAGGGGGCUGUGCGCAUUUGUUGAUUACAGAAACAACCUCGUUUCUUCGUCGACACAUAUGCUCUCGACUAGUACAAGUCUCAGG